GACUCCCACAACCUUCGCAGCGUAAUCCGCCAUUCUCCUCCGGGCCCGACCACAGCCUGCGUCUUGAUUCUUGAGCCUCCCCUUCCCCCCCCUCCAACUUCGGGGGUCGUGACCGAUCCCCUCGCAGCUUCUUUGCGAUGCUGCACUCGUGAACUGAGCCCUUCCCAGCACCUUGCCGGUGCUGUACCAGCACAGGAAGGCAUCUCUGUCGAUCGUCAUGGUUUGCAGCGACGUAGUGGUUUCCACAGGGGUGACGCUGUUCUGGUGGAGCCUACCACAAAGGUGAUCGAUCGUCCACCGCCCACCUACAAUCGGCUGUUGUGAUGAAGGUGGUGGACUUCAAUUAGACGCGGUUAAAUAGUGUGCACUGCUUUACUGGAGAACCGUGAGGUAGAAGAUUCCAGCUGUGUCGAUCCUUCUUGUCGGUCUGUGACUUGUGAGUUUCGGUCUGGGGUGGCGUAGAUCAGUUGUCUUUCGGGCUGAUAUCGUUUGGGCAACUGUGGAGCGUCACCGCAGUUGUUGUCUGUGUGGCCCAGUGAAUGUUUCUGUGGGUUCGUAGUUCUCGAACAACAGGACCACCAAAGUAGUUCUUAGCGUUGGGAUUGUGUUAAUUAAUGUAUAGCUUUUCUCCGCGCUGCAGUGCACAGGGAAGAGAAGAUGAGUGAGUAUGUUUCUGAAAAUCAGGCUUUUCUCUGGAGAAUCUGCAUAUAGUGAUCAUCACGUGGGAUUAACCAACAUUUUAAAGCAAAAUACAGUUCCUUUGUUGGUGUCUACCAUUUUCUGGGGAGAAAAUUUUGAGUUGGUAGUGUUCACAAUUUGUAGUCAUUGAGAUCUUUGAAAUUGGUAGUCCUAGCUAGCUUGUUAACAGGACUCAUGUAAGCAUUCUAUUACCCUGAUCAGAUCAGUCAUUGAGACACUGCGUGCAAGAGUGUAGGUUUAGAGUCUUCUGUAAUGCGGAGCAGCAGCAGCGUCACAUACUGCGUGAGAUCUAUUGGAUUUCUUUCAGGUAGGGAUGUGAAGUAACCAGCCAGUGGCAGAUUAACGGAACUCGAUUUAUCGCUAUUGGCGCGCUGCAUUUUCUCAUAAUGAUUCUAGAUUCAAGAGCUACGAUCGUAACAUGUUAUAGGUUUGAGAAGACCUGAAAAAAGUGAACAAUUACUGCAGUCAUCCGUGAAAGGAGACACGGCGCAAUGACCGAUCUAAAUUCGAGCUUGGAGUCGCCAGGGUCGUCAGUGGAAGAGACCCCAGCUGCUGCGAAUUCCGUGGCUACGUCUUGCGAGGCUAUGAUGUGGGAGGCGUGGAGUACACAACCAUCCACUGGAGAUGAAGCUUCCACCAGCAAAUUAGAUCUGCUCCCAGAGCUCGUGUCGUCCUCCAACUCUCGCCUCUCCUUUCAGCAGUCUGAUUUGCUCUCUAACAUGCUGUCGAGCUUCCACCCUCUUUCUCAGCAUAGCUCGGCCGGUUUCGAACUUUCUCAUAACCGAGGCGGCAGCGAGCAUUCCCCGGAGUUCUUGCAGGAAGGCAGCUCCGAGGCCGACACUGAAACCUCAUCUUUCGGAGACUUGUACAUAAAUCGACAGACCUCCAGAAAUUCCUUUCUAGGCAGCAUUGCGUGCCCCUUGCCAAGCAACCACUCCGAUUCCGGAAAGAAUAUUAGACGAGAGGACCUAUCUAACCAACUGGGUGCGAAAUCUUCAGCACCCCUUCAGUUGUGGCAAUCUCUUGGACCCGAGUCGCCUUCCUCUCCUCUCGCUUAUCAUAACAUUGGGUAUCGACACUCUCACGGAGAAAAAUGGGAGACUGGGAGCCAGUCGCACUCACCAUGGCCAACAGUCAGUAACACGUCGUCAACUAUUCAACUGCUAGGAGGACGCGCAGCAGAGAAUGAGGUGAUCCAGGUCCUCAAGAGUAAUGACUCGGAGAUAUCCAAAUCACUGGCGACUCUCCAACAAUAUGGCGAUCAUGGGCGACAACUCAAUUUAAAUCACUCUAGCACAACCAACCAUCCAGAAGUGAUUUACUCGUCCAAAUUCGGACCCAAGCCAAGCGCCUCCAGUCACACCGAUGUUUUAAUGAGUUCCACGAACAGCAGUUUUCUGUCAAUCCCCACUGCUUGGUCGACACCCGAGUAUUCAAUGUCCGGACCAAGCACCAGGUCCGAACAGUUUAUGAACUUCGUCCGAAUAGCUCAAGAGCAAAAUUCGGUGCCGAUCUCCGGGCCGUCCCCCAUUCUUGGUAGCUACGUAGGUUGCAGUAACAGAUCCAAGUCUGGAAUCUCAAGAGUUGUCUCCCAAGAAACUCCAACAGCAAAGAACCGCCUCCUUGCUUGUGAAGGAUCCAGUGGUCCAGCUCCUAAGCGACCCAGUUAUGCUGCCCACAGCGAUUCUCAUGCCGAUCAAGCAGCUGCAAUGUGGAGUAGCCCUAAUCUAAGGAGGUCCAGCUUCCCUUCAAUUCUGACAUCCCAGGCAAUGGAGAUUUACGCAAUUGGUCCCGCUCUGAACACCAAUGGCAAACCGCGAGCACGACGUGGUUCAGCGACUGAUCCGCAGAGUGUAUAUGCCAGGCAUAGAAGGGAGAAGAUCAACGAGCGCUUGAAGACAUUACAGCACUUGGUACCAAAUGGAGCUAAGGUAGACAUCGUGACCAUGCUUGACGAAGCCAUUCACUACGUCCAAUUUCUGCAGCUCCAAGUGACGCUGUUGAAGUCGGAUGAAUAUUGGAUGUACGCCACUCCGAAUACAUACAAGGGCAUCGACCUUACAAAUUCCCCUCCUCAAACACAGAGACUGCAGUCCAGUGCGUAGGACAGACGAUCGACCUGUUGGAGUCGAAGAUGCCUAUUGCAGACAGAGAAGAUUAAAUUUGAAGCAGGGAAAAUGCAGACAUAAAUUGGUCUCUUCCAGCCAACAUUAUUAACCAGGAUAAAUCCUGCAUGUAGCUUGCCGGUGACUCAUAACCCAUCUGCCCCGUUUUGAUUGCUUCAGCUCAUUUCCAUUUCAGACCAUUUUUGACAAGAGGUAUUGAUAAGAGCUGAAGGCAUCAAAACUGAAAUUGAGCAGUAGUCAUUGUACAAAUUCAAAAAUCACUUUAAUAAUAUGAGUUUGAGAUACUUGACUUGAUUGCAGUA